UCGCCAUCUUUUCCGGCGCUGGCUCCGCAUGGUCAGUGCCAUUUCGCCUUUAUCGUGGUGGAGUCCACCCUGGCUGUGGACCUAUUCAAACUCAGUCUGUCUCUUGACUGGAGGAAGAGAAGGAAAAGUUGAGCACAUUGCCAACAGGAGUUCCCCAAGACCCUAUUUUUUUUCUUUUUUUCUGUUUUACUUCAGAAUGGCAAGUUAAAACCAAAGUGUCAGCACCUCAACAUUUUUUUUUUGGCUUAACAAAACAUCAAACGGCAUACAAAUGGCAGAAAUCCACAAUGGAGGGGAACUCUGUGACUUUAUGGAAAAUGGAGAAAUCUUCAGUGAACACUCAUGCCUUAAUGCACACAUGGGUACUGAAAAUACAGGGGACACUUAUGACUGUGAUGAAUAUGGAGAAAACUUUCCCAUGUUACACAACAGUGCCCCUACUGGAGAGACACUUUCUGUGUUGAAUCAGUGCAGAAAAGCCUUCAGCCUGACACCAAAUGUUCACCAGAGAACGUGGAUAGGAGACAAAUCCUUUGAAUACAGUGACUGUGAGGAAGCCUUUGUUGAUCAGUCACAUCUUCAGGCAAAUAGGAUAACUCACAAUGGAGAAACACUCUAUGAACAGAAGCAAUGUGGGAGAGCUUUUACUUACUCCACAAGCCAUGCUGUGUCUGUUAAAAUGCAUACUGUAGAAAAACCCUACGAAUGUAAGGAAUGUGGAAAAUUCUUUAGAUAUUCUUCAUAUCUUAAUAGUCACAUGCGAACCCAUACUGGGGAGAAACCCUAUGAAUGUAAGGAAUGUGGGAAAUGCUUCACUGUUUCUUCACACCUAGUUGAACAUGUAAGAAUUCAUACUGGAGAGAAACCUUAUCAAUGUAAGGAAUGUGGAAGAGCCUUCGCUGGGCGCUCAGGCCUUACUAAACAUGUACGAAUACACACUGGAGAGAAGCCCUAUGAAUGUAAUGAAUGUGGGAAAGCCUACAAUAGGUUUUAUCUACUAACUGAACAUUUUAAAACUCACACAGAGGAGAAGCCCUUUGAAUGUAAGGUAUGUGGAAAAUCCUUCAGAAGCUCUUCAUGCCUUAAGAAUCACUUUAGAAUUCACACUGGAAUAAAACCCUAUAAAUGUAAGGAGUGUGGGAAAGCAUUCACUGUUUCCUCAAGCUUACAUAAUCAUGUAAAAAUCCAUACUGGAGAGAAGCCCUAUGAAUGUAAGGACUGUGGGAAAGCCUUUGCUACAUCUUCUCAACUCAUUGAACAUAUAAGAACUCACACUGGAGAGAAACCGUAUAUAUGUAAGGAAUGUGGGAAAACCUUCCGUGCUUCUUCACACCUACAGAAACAUGUUAGAAUUCACACUGGAGAGAAACCCUAUAUAUGUAAUGAAUGUGGGAAAGCCUACAAUAGAUUUUAUUUACUUACUAAACAUUUAAAAACACACUGAAGAAAAACUCUGAAUGUAAGGAAUGUGGAAAUCUUUUAGGAAUUUCUCAUACCAUAAUUACCACAUUUGAAUUCACACUGAAGAGAAAUUUUAUUGGUACAAAGAAUGUGAGGAGGCCUUCAGUUAUCCCCAUUCACUUUGAAGACAUAAAAGAACUCAUACUCUAUGUGUCCCCCAUAAAUUUUAGGAAUGUUGGGGAGCCAUUGGAAUCUUUUUUUAUUAUUUUAUUUUAUUUUUUUUGAGACACGAUUUCACUCUUUUCAUCACCCAGGCUGGAGUGCAAUGGCAUGAUCCCAGCUCACUGCAACCUUUGUCUCCCGGGCUCAGGUGAUUCUGUCUCAGCCUUCAAGUAGCUUGGAUUACAGGUGCCGUCCACCACACCCAGCUAAUUUUUGUAUUUUUAGUAGAGAUGGGGUUUCACCAUGUUGGCCAGGCUGGUCUCGAGUUCCUGACCUCAGGUGAUCCACCCACCUUGGCCUCCGAAAAUGCUGGGAUUAUAGGAGUGAGCCACUGCUCCUGGCCUUUUUUUUUUUUUUUUAAGUUGUUGUUAAUACACUUUCUUCUCUUCUCAAGAGACUGGAUUGUGGUCACAAUCCAACAGUUGAGAACUCACUCUGGGGCCAUACAAUGUAGAAAACACAGAAAGCCCUCAUUAUUUCCUUAGGCCUUUCUAAGUAAGAUGUUGCAGUGGAGAAGAGAAACCCUAUUGAUACAAGAUACAGGCAUGCCCUGUAGAUAUUGCGAGUUUUGUUCCAGACUACCACUAUAAAGCGAAUAUCACAAUAACAUGAAUCAUACAAAUGUUUUGGCUUCCCAGUGCAUAUAAGUUAGGUUUACAUCAUAUAGUAGUCUCUUGUGUGCAGUUGUGUUAUGUCUAAGUACCUUAGUUUAAAAUACUUUAUUGCCAAAAAGUGCUAAUGAUCACGUGAAACUUUGGCGAGUUGUAAUCUUUUUGCUUGUGGUAGGUCUUGCCUCAGUGUUGAUGGCUGUUGAUCAGGGUGGCUGUGGCAGUUUCUUAAAAUAAGACAGCGGUGAAGAUUGCUGCAUUGAUUGACUCUUCAUUACAUGAAAAACUUCUGUUUAGCAUGCGAUGCUGUUUGAUAACAUUUUACGCAUAGUGGAACUUCUUUUAGAAUUGGACUUAAUCCUCUCAAACUUUGCCACUGCUUGAUCAACUAAGUUGAUGUAAUAUUCUAAGUCUGUUGUCAUUUCAACAAUGUUCACAGCAUCUUCAGGAGUAGAUUUCAUUUCUUUGAAAUCCACUUUCUUUGCUCAUCUAUACAAAGCAGCCUCUCAUCUGUUCAAGUUUUUUCACGAGAUUGAAACAAUUCUGUCACAUCUUCAGGCUCCACUUCUAAUUCUAGUUCUCUUUUUUCCAUCACAUCCACAGUUACUUUUUCCACUGAAGACUUGAACCCCUCAGAGUCACCUAUGAAGGUUGGAAUCAGCUUCUUCCAAACUCUGGUUAAUGUUGGUUUUUAUUUUUUUAAUUAAAAAAAUUUUUUUAGAGACAAGGUCUCGCUGCGUUGUUCAUGCUGGAGUACAAAUGGGUAUUCACCAGCACGAUGAGAGCACACUGUAGCCUUGAACUCCUGGCCUCAAGUGAUCCUCCUUCCUAUGCCUCCUGAGUAGCCAAGACUCCAGGCACACACCACCACACCUGCCUUAAUGUUGAUAUUUUGACCUCCUUCCAUGAAUCAUAAAUGUUGUUAAUGGCAUCUAGAAUGGAGAAUCCUUUCUGCAAGGUCUGCAACUUAAUUUAUCCAGAUCCAUCAGAAGAAGCAUUAUUAGUGGCAGCUAUAGCCUUAUGAAAUGUAUUUCUUAAAUAAUAAGACUUGAAAGUCAGAAUUAUUCCUGAAUCCAUGGGCUGCGGUUAGCAGGCAUGAAAACGCCAAUCUUGUUUAUACUUCUAUAAGAGCUCUUGGUUACUAGGUGCAUUAUCAGUGGUAAUAUUUUGAAAGGAAUCUCUGAACAGUAUGUUUUACAGUGGGCUUAAAAUAUUCAGUAAACCAUGCUGUAAAUAGAUGUAAAUAGAUACCACAGAGAGAGUAGAUAUAGCAUAAUUCUUAACUGGCCCUUAGAUUUUUGGAAUGGUAAUUGAAUAUUAGCAUUCAUUUAAAGUCACCAACUGCAUUGGCCUCUAACAAGAAAGUCAGCCCAGGCUGGGAAAAGUGGCUUACACCUGUAAUUCCAGUGCUUUGGGAGGCUGAGUUUGGAGGAUCACUUGAGGUCAAGAGUUCAAGACCAGCCAGCACAACAGAGCGUGACCCUGUCUCUACAAAGUAAAGAGUCAGCCCAUCCUUUGAAGUCAGAUAUUAGCUUACCUAGAGCUAUGAAAGUCCUAGAAAGCAUCUGCUGAAGUAAGGCUGUUUUGUCUCUGUUAAAACUCUAGUAGAGCUACCUCUGCCAGUUGUCUAGAUAUUCUGGAAAUGCUUGCUGCAGAUUCCACAUCAGCAAUUGCUACUUCACUUUGUACUUUUAUGUUAUGGAAAUGACUUGUUAAACCUCAUGAACUGAUCUUUGCCAGCUUCCAGCAUUUCUUCUGCAGCUAACUCACCUCUCAGCCUUCAUAGAAUUAGAGUUAGGGCCUUGCUCUGGAUUAGGUUUUGGCUUAAGGGAAUGUUGUGGCUGGUCUGAUCUUCUAUCCAGACCACUAAAACUUAUUCUGUGUUAGUGGUGAGGCUGUUUUCCUUUCUUGUUAUUUGUGUGUUCACUGGAGUAGCACUUUGUUUUUUUUCUUUUUUUUUUUUUAGAGACAUGGUCUCCCUUUUGCCCAGGCUGGAGUGUAGUACAAUUAUAGCCCAUUGCAGCCUCAAACUUAUGGGUUCCAGUGAUCUUCCUGUCUCCUGAGUAGCUAAGACUGCAGGUGUGUACCACCAUGGCCAGCUAAUUUUUGUUUUUAUAUUUUUUUUAAAGAGGCAGGACUUUACUGUUUACCAGGCUGAUCUUGAACUUAAAACUUCAAGUGAUGCUCCCCUAUCUGCCUCCCAACAAGCUGGGAUUACAGGUGUGAGCCACUGCACCUGGCCUUUAUCUUGGCUUUUGACAUGACUUUCUCACUAAGGUUAAUCAUUUCCAGUUUUUGAUCUAAAGUGAGAAAUGUGCAACUCCUUUCACUUGAACAGUUAAGAGGCCAUUGUGGGGUAAUGAAUUGGCCUAAUUUCAAUAUUGUUGUGCCUCAGGGAAUUAGGAGGCCUGGGAAGAGGAAGAGAGAGGGGAGAGUGGCCAGUUGGUGGAGCAGUGAGAACAUAGCAUUUAUUAAGUUUGCUGUCUUCCAAGGUUGUGAUUUGUAGUACCCCAAAACAAUUACAAAAGGAACAUCAAAGAUCACAGAGCAGCCGGGCGCGGUGGCUCACACCUGUAAUCCCAGCACUUUGAGAGCCUGAGGUGAGUGAAUCAUGAGGUCAGGGGUUUGAGACCAGCCUGGCCAACAUGGUGAAACCCCAUCUCUACUAAAAAUACAAAAAAUUAGCCGGGCGUGGUGGCAGGCACCUAUAGUCCCAGCUAUUCAGGAAGCUGAGGCAGGAGAAUCACUUGAAUCCAGGAGGUAUAGGUUACAGUGAGCUGAGAUCGCACCAUUGCACUCCAGCCCAGGCAACAGAGUGAGAGUCCUUCUCAAAAAAAAAAAAAAAAAUUCACAGCACCACAAUAAGUAUAAUAAUAAGGAAAAUGUUUGAAAUAUUGUCAGAAUUGCCAGGAUGUGAGAGACAAAGUAAGCACAUGCUGUUGGAAAAAAUGGUGUUAUAGAUUUAUUCAACAUGACAUUGCCACAGGACUUCUACUUGUGAAAAAUAUCUGUAAAGUGAGAUGAAGCAAAGUGAAGUAACAUGAGGUAUAUCUGUAGCUGUUGCUGUAGUGGUUUCCAAAUGGUGGUUUUCUUUUCCUUUUUUUUCUUCUGUUGGUCUGCAUUGGGGUCUUGCUCUGUUGCCUAGGGUGUGGAGUGCAGUGGCACGAUCAUGGCUCACUAUAGCCUUGACCUCCUGGGCUCAAGCGAUCCUCCCACCUCAGUCUCCUGAGUACCUGGGACCACAGGCACAUGCUAACGCACCCAGUUAAUUUUUUUAUUCAUAGAGCCGAGGUCUCACUAUGUUGCCCAGACUGGCCUCAAGUUCUUGGGCUCAAGCAGUCCUCCCACCUCAGCCUCCCAAAGGGCCAGGAUUACAGGUGUGAGCCACCGCACCCAGUCCAAAAAGUGAUUUUCUAAUUCCAUAGUUUCUUCUACAUUUCUUAACUGGAAUUUUGUAAGGAAGAGUUAUCCUUAUUCAUUUAUUUACCCAUUUACUUGUAGGAGCAUGUAUCAUAAAUUCUUACUCUAUGGGGUGUAGCUAGCUACUAUAAAUUUGAUGCACAUAUUUUUCCAGAUUCAAUAAGUAGGAUCCCCAUCAAGCUAUCUUCUGAAUCUUUAAAAAUGUAUUCUCCUAAUUUCAUGGGUAUAUAAUUAUUUCCUGGGCAGCAGUUUGUUCAUGGUACAUUUGUUUCCAGCCCUAGAAUCAGAAAAAUCUAGUUUCUUUUAAUGAAGAAUACUAUUUAGAAGCUGCAGUCUCUGUGUAGGGAGGUGUUCCUAGGUAACAGUGCCCUGGCUUUUAGGUCCUCUCUAUGGAGGAUAUGGCAAAGACAUACAUAAUUAUAUAUAUGUAUCCACACACACUAAUAACUAUUUCUAUAUUAAAAACAUGACCACAAGCCAACACUUUUAAUUCCACUGCAAAACUACUGGGUUAUUUCUUGCCUUCCAAGUUCCCUUGUCUGUAGCUAUCUUUCAUCACUUGCAAAAAAUAGCGCAUGCUCAAUCCUAGAUUAAAAUAUAAGCUACUCUCAGAAUUGAUAACUCAUACCACUCUUUUUAAAAACCUACUAACCAGAAUUCAGUUUUUAUUCACAGUUCUUAUCUUUAGGUCAGGGCAUAAUAUAAAAGCACUAGGUUUAAAACUUACUUGGUCAGCAGCAAUCCGCUUCUAGGUACAUGUCCAAAGGAACUGAAGAAAGUAUCUCCAUGUGUGAAUGCCUACCUGUGUUCAUUGCAGCAUUAUUCAGAAGAGCCAAGAGGUGGAAGCAAAGUAAAUGUCCAUUUACAGAUGAAUUGCUAAACAAAAUGCAUUAUAUACAUACAAUGCAAUAUCAUUUAGCCUUAAAAACAAAACUCUGCCAUAUGCUACAACAUGGAUGUACCUUGAGGACAUUAUGCUAAGUGAAAUAAACCAGUUGCAAAAGGACAAAUACACCCAAUUCCACUUAUAUGGGGUAUCUAACGUCAAACUCAGAAGAACAAAGUACUGCGGUAUUUGCCAUAAGCUGGUGGAGGAGAAAAUGAGUUGUUCAAUGGGUAUUGAGUGUCAGCCACGCAAGAUGGAAAAGCUUUUUGAGAUUUGUUGUAUAAAAAUAUGCCUAUAGUUAACAAUACUGUUCGGUACACACAAAAUAUGUGAAAGGGUAAAUUUUAUGUGUUUUUAUGACAAUAAAAAUUGUAAUAAAAGAA